GUGCAAGGGCGAUCAAUGACCUUCACGGGGAAAGUUGAAAAAGGUUUUAAACAAGAAAAAUAUUACACACAUUCGUAUGUAAUAUAGACAGAACAAUGGAGAGAAAACACAAAGAGAUUUUUUUAAGGUACUUACCAAACUUUUUGGAUCAAGUGGACCCACAGCAGCUGCUUACAUAUUUGCCAUGUUUGUCCAAAAGUAGUAGGGACACAGUAGAUACUGCACAAAGAUCUGUGUCUAGAAGUUAUGCAGCUCAAGUACUACAUAGUCAUCUUGAAAGGCGACCGGAGGGAUUUCGUCAGCUUGUACUAGCGCUCCGACAUGUAAAUGUUGACUGCACAGAACUAGCAGAUCUUUUAGAUCCUCAACAUUGCUACGAUCCAUCUAAUGAAGAAACAGGGUGCCGGACAGACAGAUUUGUAAGAGUUAAGGUGGUUGGUAACUGUAUACAAGGCAAAACUAGUCUAACGAGAAGGCUUUUGAAGCAGUCUUUAGAAGUCGUUGAUAGCAUAGAAGGCAUUGCUGUUCAGCAGUCAAUUUCCUCUGGAGAACUGUCAAAGGCUAGCGACCAACUAUUUAGUUUGAAAGAUGAGGUACUCAGGUCAAAAGACUCUCAAGAAGAUGCUAUUUUGGAUGAUAUUGAUUUAACUAAACUGUUGCUCAAAGAAGGAAGAACGUCACGGGAAGUAUUCAAGGAAUGCCAAAAGAUUUGUCAAGCGAUUAAAGAUGAAUCGGAACAUAUCGUACAUGUCGAAGCUGCCUAUAGAUUCGGAGACGAUAAACAUGUUAUAUUUCUUGUUUUUGCUGCAAAAAACAUUCAAAUAAAUGUGAUUUGGGAAACAGAAAUAAGAAUCAUUAACAAUUACUCGGACGAAAGUAGUGUUAUGUUACAUUGCAAGGAAAACAGUCCACUGACUGAGAAAGAGUCACAAAAAAUAGGAGAAAUCAUUGACAUGCACUCUAAAAAACUCAUGAGCAACCACAAAUUCCUGUCUGCUAUAUCCGCAUCAUCAGUCUCAUCCAGAUGUUUCGGACCAAUGAGACUUAAACAUGUAAUUGAAAAACGUCCUUGCAUCGUCCUUAAUGUUUUGGUGAAAGGAAUAAUUCCACUGAAUGAAGAAUAUUUCCCUACAAAAUUAGAAGGAACGCCAGUUGAUGUAAGAGAAGGUGGAGUUCGUUUAUGUGUAAAUAAAGCUGAAGAAUAUCAAGAAAAUGUAACAAUGGGUUGUAAAAUUACGUCUUCGACAUGCCCUGUAAAAGCGGGAACACUUGGCGGGUUUAUAGAACAUCCUGAAUACGGCCUUUGUGGAAUCACCUGUGCCCACGUUAUAAUGAAUGAUGCUGAUAAAUUUAAACUGAAAGAAAUGUCAACAAUAACAGUUAAAGAAAAAUUGGAUGGCAUGAUGUACCAACCGGACGUUCGUAUACCUGACAAUAAACUAGGUAAACUUGUACAAGUUAUAUACAGGGAAGGAGAAAAUGGUAAACCAGGAGUUGAUCUUGCGCUGUUCAGGAUUGAAACACGGGCCCCAAAGCAAGGACGAUUUCCUGAUAACACAUUACCUUCGUUUAAUGAAGGUCUAGUAUGGGGAAAGACAGGUAUUCCAGACGGUCACACAGAAGUUCGAAAAUUUGGUUACGUUACAUUAAACACAAGUGGGGUUAUGCAAUUUGAUAAUUGUGCAAUUAGAGAAGAACCGUUUCACAGUAACAUGACAAUGGGAGACGGAACACCAUUUACAACUACACUUUAUAAACAAUACCAUAUCAAAUCAUGUGAUAAGAACAUUCCAUUUUGCAAACUAGGAGAUUCUGGAGCUCUUGUGUUUAUGGAGGAUAAUACUGGAGAGGAAACAACUCCAAGAUGCAUUGGUAUGGUUGUUGCAGUAACGUCAGGUAACUCAGGCUAUGUAACCCCAAUAAAUGCUAUACUUGAUGAACUGAAGGUAAAACAAUUUAAACCGUUCACAACACAUUCCGCAACCCAUGCACUAUUGCAACAAGUUAGUGGAAUGUUAAAAUCACAUUUUGACGGAGUUAAUGAACGGUUAGAAAAAUUGGAAGAACGAAUAUCUCGCAUCGAAGCUGAUAACAACAAGACUUAGAAAAAGUUUGCCCGAGAAACACGUAAAUUAAGUUUUAAAACGUAUAAUCUAAAUGUUUGUGAACAUUUUCUGUACUAUGGAAGUAAUCUUCUUUUUAAUAUAUUUCAAUUACAACUAUAAUAUUUAACAAAAUAUAUCAAUUAGAGCUAUAUUCAAGAUUAAGUAUAAUAUGAAUCAUGCCUUUAUUGAGUCUUUGAAGUAAAGCAUGACAUAGAUAAUUUCUUUUACAGUUAAAACUUAAAAAGGCUGUAAAAAGUCUCCCCGCACAUUUAAUCAAUGAUGUUAUAUUUUGUGGUAUUUUAGUUUCAACUUUUCGGCAUUUUCUAGUUGGGUGGUUCCAAUAUUCCUACUUGAAUAAUGUUGAAUCACCCUUAGGAUAUGUUGCCUGCUUUUUAAAUGUGUCUUUUGACGUCUUAUCUGUGAUACGCAGGCUUCAUAACCUCUGGUCCUCUUUCAAAAUUUCAUUUUAUUUAGUUCCGCCCAUUGUUUUCUCGUUUAUGGCAAAAGCAUUCUUUUACUUGGGGACCAUACGCCGCUUUUCAUGGAAUGGCAUAACUGUGUCACAUUGAAGGUUCCAUGAUAACUGCCGUAUGAAUACAUCUGCGGAUGUUUCUCAAUUCAAAAUUUCACCAGUUUCGUGUUAAAUGUUGAAUUCUGCUUAAGCCGGUGCUAGAGGGCGUGGACGGUAACUUGCACUUUCCAGUACCGUCCAUGAACGGGCUCAAUCAGACCGAGCCGGCAACAUUUUCAAUUUUGUAAUGUUGAACUUUCUUUAGGGAUUCUGUUUUUCUCUUUUUUGUGAGAGAUGUUGCAUUUUGUCAUUAUCCUCAUAUACUGACUCAAUCGAACCGAGUCUGAAAUUUUCAUGCAUGUAUUAGGGCACACGUAUUUUUUUAAUUGGGGACCAUACGCCGCUUUUCAUGGAAUGGCCCUGCUGUGUCACAUUGAAGGUUUCAUGAUCACCGCCGUAUGAACACAUCUGCGGAUGUUUCUAAAUUCAAAAUUUUACUGUUUAAAUGUUGAAUUCUGCUUAAGGUUCAACAGGUACAAACGCAUUUUUAACAUCAGACAAACGACCGCACUUUGAGGUCAUAAAAAUUCAGUCAAUAAAAAUUUUCAUUAUGUUUUGAACAAUUUAUUGUAGUCAACGAAAAACAAAAAUCAAGGUAUUAAAUAGACUCAUCAUCUAGCCACGCAUGCCCUAGGGAUAACUUGAUUUUAUAUGCACUCACUUAGGAAAAUGUUGUUAAAUCUUCGUUUUGCUCCUGUCAUUUAUAUAUAUUAUGUGUACCAUUGUAUAAAGACAUCUUCUCAAUUAUGUGAAUAUUUAUUAUUUGACUGAUUUGUAUAUUAUUCAUAUACAUUUUGUAGUUAUAUGUUUGAUUACUUGUUUAAAAGUAAAUUGCAUUGACAUCUACACUCAAUGUGUCAAGAUCACAUUAGAUUAUUUUUUGUAAGAGGCACAUUAUUAAGCAUAUAGAUAAUUUACAUUCACUUCUUUUUGUGUUGCCUUCUACAGAGAAGCGGCGACAUAAAGUGAUCAAUUCUGCGUCGUCUGUCCGUCUGUCGCAAAACUUGUUUGGACAUCUCAAAAACUACUGCUGCAAUUUGAUCCCAUCUUUACAGAAUAGUCAGUAUAAAGCAAUUCUAAUUUCUUAGUAAUAAUUGUCUGUUAAGGCAUUUACAUGAAUGUUUAUUUUCUAAGUUAGCCAGGACUUCUUUUCUUAUACUCGUAAUGCAAUUUGGCUGAAACAUUACAUGAGUGACUGGUAGCUUCAGUAAUUGCUCAUAUUACCGGUACAUUGAUUCCAGUUGCAUAAUUUUUGACUGAGUUAUUGUCCUUGAGUAAAAAAGGCGUUUUGGCCCGUUAAUGUUGUUGGUGUUGCCUGCUACACAGAAGCUGAUACAUGAUAUGAAGUAGCCAAGACUUAGAAGAAUUACUUCUUUGUCGUCUGUCUGUUU